AUGGACCCUAAAAUUCAAGCCAUUAAAUGUAAACUCACUGGUGGCAAUUAUGCCUAUUGGGCCAGUGUUAUGAAGAAUUUUCUUCUUGGUCAAAAAAAAUGGGGCUAUGUUUCUGGUUCUGCUCCUCGUCCAUCGGACCCGAAAGUAGAAGGUACUGCCAAGGAAGUGUGGGAUUAUUUACUCGGUGUUUAUCAGCAGUCCAACUUUGCCAAGCGGUAUGAGUUGGAAACAACUAUUCAGAGUGCUCGUCAGCGGGAUCAAACUAUUCAGGACUUUUAUAUUGAGAUGACAAGUCUCUGGGAUCAGUUGGCUCUUAUGGAACCACCUAGUCUCAAGAUACUAGACGCUUAUAUUGAGUUUCGGGAACAGGGUCGUUUAGUCCAGUUCUUAACAGCUCUCUCCCCUCAGUAUGAGGCUAUUCGAGGUGGAAUCCUUCACCGAUCUCCUCUUCCCUCUGUGGAUGCCAUUGUUCGUGAACUCCUCUCCGAGGAAACCCGUCUUAAGACAGCCAGUCAGACUUUGCCUCCUUCUGUGUUCUUGGCUUCUGCCAAGCCACCCUUGUUAUCGACCCCUCCUCCUCAUCAACUGCAGGCCACUGCGAAACCCAAGAGAGGACCAUUAGGGCCAGAUGAAUGUGCUUUCUGCCAUCAGAGGGGUCAUUGA